UUCGAGGAGGAGUUCGAUGACGAUGAAGAAGAAGAGGAUGACGAGAAGCCGAGAAAGAGGAGGAGAAGCACUCACAAGAGCCCUAAGAAGAGCAAGAGGAAGAGCAGCAAGUCCCGAGGGCGAAGAAGUACAAAAAGUGAAGCCGAUAAGACGCCGGCCAAGGGGCGGAAGAAGGGCGGCCGAGGCCGCAAGGCUGCAGCUGCGAAGGCCGCUCCUGCUACCGAGGAGGUGGUGCAGAAGGAGGCCGUCGCUGCCACGCCUAAAGCAGGACUCUGAGUUGACUUAUGAGCCUCGUGUGUUCGUCGGUGGAAGAAGCCGAGGUCGAGCAGCGGCUGCAGCUGCUGUGGAUGAAGAAGUGAAGGCUGCUGCUUCUGAAGCUGCUUCUGUUGCGGUCACCCCUGCAAAGUCAGGCAGAGGUAUUCGUAAAACUACCACCAACACCACCACCACUACUACUGCUGCUGCUGCUGACGCUGACGACGAAAUUGAAACUAAGCCCGCGAACGCCAAGGAGAAGAAAAAACCAGCAGCCGCCAAACUCAAAGAGCAAGAACCAAAAAACGAAGAACCCGAGGAAGAAACCAAGACGAUUAAAGGCAAAAAACCUCCAGUAGCUGCCAAAGCCAAGGAGUCUAAUAAAACUGAUGAGCCUGAGGAAAAUAACAAGGCUGCAAAAGGCAAAAAAAAUCCGCCUGCUGCAAAAACCAAGGAGCGGCCAGAUGAAGCAAAACAAGAAGGAGAAACUAAGGCCACUAAGACCAAACAACCAGCGGCUGCUAAAGGAGGCGCUAAAGGAGCCGCUGCUAAGAAUACUCCUGCCACGGAGCGUGCCAGUCGCCGUGGUAAGAAGUAAUGGCAAGACUAUGUAUAUUUUAUACGAAGCAUUACCAGUUUGACUUGAUUAGUUGUCCUUAGAUGUAAUCUGUUGCGCAUACUACCGCGUUUCUUUACAUACGUGAUUUGCUGCAUAAUUGAAUUUUUAGUUGUCUUACUUACUCAAUGGUAAUUUCAGGCUUCGUGACUUUCAUGUGCACCUUUGUUACUUUAUUGUUUCUCCAACGAAACGUUUGCCUUGAAAUGUUGGCUGAUUGCUAAUGAACUCUCAGUUUUAGCUAGCAAUCGUAAAGAUAUACCGUAUGCCGUGUUCCUCCUAUGUUCUUCCCACUGUAUAUUUUUACCAUUGAUAUUGAUUGUUCAUUGCUCGUCGUUUGGUAUUGCACGAAACUUGGGUAUAUUUUUAGUCAACUCAAACCCUAUUAUGUUAUUGUACAUUUACAUAAAAGGACUGGGAGUUUAGCGUGAAAAUGCUGAGCUUAACGCUUUAGAAUCAUUGAGUAACCAGCGUCCUACUCUUCAAAGCGCUAAAGCUGAUGUUCUUAGAUGCCAAUCACUCAUUUAUUAUUUCCUUCAAGUUUAACUGCUUUAUAGACUUGGUGAGAGGCGUUACUACUUGCAUUUUCUCGAUCAGAUGACUACAAGAGGUGGCAUUAGGAUGAAACUUGUGGUUCUUCACAAAAAUUUUGGCUUUAACUACUUUCUCGUUAUUGCCGUCUCAUCGAUAUCAUUGCAGUUUAAAUCGCGCUAGUUUGCUUAUUAUUUGUAACAAAUUUCUACUUUCACAAUAAACCCUCACUCUUUUCGGAUAAACACCGGAGGCCUUUCUCCGAGUAUACAUUUUACACGUUUUCGAGUCCGCUGUUUUAACAAUGGUGAUUUUUUUUGUUGAUGUGAAAUAUUCACUGCUUUGGUUUCCUUUUUUAUCAUGCAAGAUAAGAUAAAUUAAUUUUCAAUAUUCGCUGCAGCAGUAAAGGAGCAGAAGUAACAGCAGUAGCAUCAGCAGCUGUAGCUUUUUCGAAUAAAUAACUGGAGUCGUGUGUACUACUUCUUAACAGAGUACUUGUAUAAGGCUACUAUUGUCUACUGUAAAAUAAUGAUGUACUAUUGCUUAGUAGUGUGGAUGUGUGAGCGUUUGAUGGUGAAAGAUGUGUGCGUGGAAGUGUUUUCAAGUGCGUGUUUCUAAUAUAAGUACACUUUAAGAGCACUUACGCGAGUGAGGGCAUUAACUUUGUUCCAAGUUUUACGGUGAUAAGGAGUUGUUUUAGUUGUGAGUGUGCUCGCUUUAGACUUCGACUUACGUUGCAAUAAUUCUUAUGUAUUUAUCCAUUGCCCACCCAGCUUUGUUAAAGUAAUAGCGAGCUUAUCUUUUUGAGAGCAUAAAAAGUAGUCAUAACCUCCCCUUUAUUAUGGUAAUAAUGGUAACUCUUCAGCUUGGCUCGUGCUCCCUGAAAAUCUGCACCGCAAGUACAUCCUUUUGGGUAUAUUAUGUUAUUAUUUGGAUCAAAGGCAUGACUUUGUUAGCGUUUCAUUAGUUCAACUUUACAAUGUUCCUCGCAGCAGCUCAAUAGAGCGUUGCGAGAAGCCUCCUUGUUAUUUUGUUAAGAGGUACUCUGAGCUGAACGACGGGGGCUUACUUAAUUUACUGAAUUUGUAGAGUUGCCUCGUGGAUGUGUCGUUGUAGUUAUUCAAUGUAUCGACCACACCUGCACUGACACUUAGAUCGCUAUUGACCGGCCAUUGAAUUAGAAAGUAGAUUUUAAAAUCCCGUCUCGUGUCAAUAAUCCCUCCUCUGCAGUUUGUAAAUUCCCUCAUGUCAAUAAUCCCGCCUCAGUAGGCAGUACAUUAGCAACAGUUUCUAGCGUUGGUAAACUUUACCACGUAGUCGUAUAGGUAGACUUUUGCCUGCCCAGAUUUUGGUAUUGACACGAAAUGUGAACUCUAUUAUAUCAUUACCCUUUUGUAUUGUUAAUUCAGUUCAUUUUUGUACUAUGUAGUGACUCACGAUUUGUUCAAGCUGUCUAUUUGCCACCGUAUUUGAAAUUAAUUCAUAUCCUGCCUGGUCUUUUCGAGAUGUUUCAACUGAAAUCUAAUCCUGUUCUCUGAAACUGACAAGCUUUUUCGGACUAGCUUUGCCUGGCAAAGAAAUGUUUUCAUAGUCGAUUCAGUUGCAAAGAUUUCUCAUUCUAACUUGGCACGCGUUUUCAGCCCAUGGAAGUAAGUUGCCAUAUAUAUUAGGAAUUGAAGUUUGAAUUUACACUACGUCUUCUGUUAACUGAAUUUCUACUGUGCCAGUAAAUUUUGGUUUCAUGGUUGCUAUCUGCAAGAUUAGUAGCGAUCCUUAUUCUGGUUAGAGACCGACUAGGAUGUCUCUACCAUUGAGUGAUCGCAUGCAUUGUGUGUAAAACACGUUUUAAGCUUGGUGAUAGUUUGGUUUCAGUGAUAGUUUUAUAGGUAAGUGCUACAUCCGCUCCACCAGAACGACUAUGAACUCUUGUACUUCUCCACCUGCAGCCUGCCGAGCGUCAGGUCGUGCUUUGUAAUUAAAGGAUGUCAUUAAACUGUAUGUUCA